AUGUGCCCAAAACUUCUGAAACGGCUCUGGAGGAUUCUGAGGGUGAUUUGGAGGAAAGGGCAAAUUCCGGAAUGCUGGCAGACGGCAGAAGGGAUAUUUGUACCGAAGGAGAAGAACUCUGCGACCAUGAACCAGUUCAGAACCAUAUCACUCGUGAGUGUCGAAGGGAAAAUCUUCUUUGCCAUACUUGCCAGGAGGAUGACGAAGUACAUGACAUCGAAUGAGUACAUCGAUUCUUCUGUGCAGAAAGGAGGAAUUCCAGGAUUCCCUGGAUGUAUUGAACACACCAGCGCAAUCACACAGCUAAUUCGGGAAGCCAAGAUCAAUCAAGGAGACUUGACAGUUGUUUGUUUAGACCUGGCCAAUGCAUACGGUUCUGUCCCCCACCAGUUGAUUUUCAAGGCGCUGGAACAUUACCACAUCCCGGAUCACAUCCAGAAGAUAGUGAAGAGCUACUUCAGCAACAUCAGGCUCCGAUUCACGGUCAGGGAGAUAACAUCUUGGCAGGCACUUGAGAAGGGUAUUGUAACAGGAUGCACUAAAUCGGUCAUACUCUUUGUGAUGGGGAUGAACCUGAUCAUCAAGGCGGCAGACCGGGAGACUAGAGGACCCAAAACUUCAUCAGGAGUGCGAGUACCACCAAAAAGAGGGUUCAUGGACGACCUGACCAUAACAACUACCACCCACGUGCAGGCGCUCGAGGAAACAGUUGGAUGGGCAAGGAUGAAGUUUAAACCAAGGAAAUCUCGAUGUGUUGUGAUAAAGAAAGGGAAAGUGACCAGAAAGUUCAAGCUCUCGAUACAGCAGGAGGAGAUCCCAACAAUCGUAGACAAUCCAAUAAAGUGUUUAGGAAAGUGGUUUGAUGCUAGCCUGAACGACAGCAAGAAUAUCAAACGUUUGCAGAACCAGGUGGAAGAAGGUUUGAGGAGAAUUGACAAAUCAGGACUGCCCGGUAAAUUCAAAUCGUGGAUGUACCAACACGGGCUCCUACCACGCCUCACGUGGCCUCUAACCCUGUACGAGUUUACCACUACCACAGUGGAAAUCCUGGAAAGGAAAAUAAGCAAAUGUCUACGACGUUGGCUUGGAGUCCCCCCAAGUUUCACCAGUGUGGGCCUUUACAGCACCACAGGCAAAUUACAGCUCCCAUUAUCAUCGCUGGUAGAAGAGUUCAAGGUGGCAAAGGUUAGGCUGGUGAUGACUGUUAGAUACUCCAAAGAUGAGAAGAUCCGGAAUGCUGGAAUUGAGACUCGAACAGGACGCAAGUGGUCAGCAAGCAGUGCGGUACAGGAAGCAGAGAGCAGGCUAAGGCACAGCGACAUCGUUGGGACUACCUGUAUAGGCAAACAGGGGUUAGGGUCAACGCGGGUGGAAAGGUGGGGAACAGCAGACACGGCUGGUAGAAGGAAGAUGGUUCAAGAUAACAUCAGGAAGAUGGAGGAAGAGAUCAGGAAGGUUAAAGCUGUAGAAAUGGGAGCACAGGGAGCAUGGACCAAAUGGGAGACAACGGAAAGACGUCUUACAUGGGCAGAUAUCUGGAAGUUGGAACCAUGUAGAAUCCAGUUCCUCCUGCGAUCAGUGUAUGAUGUCCUACCAACACCUACCAAUCUCCACCGAUGGGGAUGA